AUGGCUCUCCAACAACCCAAUUUUGCGCUGGUUUCCACAAGGCUGACGGAGGCCGGCCAAGAACUAGCGCUCUGUGCUAACAUGCCAUCUGUGCGAGAGGGGCAAGGGAUCCUCGAUAGCAUCAACGCACUCACCAUGCAGAUACAGCAGAACCACCGGGAGAUGCAGCAGAACCACCGGGAGAUGCAGCAGAACCUCCAGGGGAUGCAGGACAACAUUAUCGAUUUAACCAGGGAAUUACGAGCAAGAGUCGCGCUGAGCAGCCGAACUUACACAUCGUCCACGAAAUCGCCGACAAUGCUGCCCUUCCUAUCCGCGAUUGAAAGGCUCAAGACCACGCCUCGGGCCGGCUGGGUGAAGAAGGACGUGCCGAACCCCGAGAGCGAUAGCCCUACGGAUAGGAUCGAUGCUGUGAACAUGGCACUCUUCCACGAUGCCCCGGAAGCCAUCUGCGGCGACGUCACGCCGAGUGACGGCGUCAGUCGAGAAACCAAACGCCAGCGCGAGGAGCUUGGCGCCAAAUUCCUCGCCUGCCUCGCCCGGCCCACCAACCCAGCCUUCGCAGUAGAUCUCAUGGACCACUGGGAAGCCUACGACUCCGACCAGACCCACGUAUCCCGCAUCGUGCACCAGGUCGACAAGCUGGAAGCGCUGAACCAGGCCUACAUCUACUCCAUGCGCCAUCCCAACCUCGACCUCGGCGAGUUUAGGGGCCUCCGGGCGCAGGUCAAGGAUCCCUGGCUGUCCCGAAUCGCCGACGACACCCUGCGCGCCUGGGACGACCUGGAGGCACGGGCGACAUCCGGUUUCGCCUGGGUCCUGCUGUUGCGGGAGGAGCAGAAGAGGGCCGGGUCGCAGUUUUCCGGCUUCAUCACCGACAGCUUCGAGUAUUCUGUCCCGGUGCCUUCCUUCUUGGCCAUGGAACUUCUUUCGGCCAAGAUGGAGGCCGUGCGGGACUCGGGAAAGCGUGGCAUCAUCUUGGAUGGGUUCCCGCGAAGCGUUGAGCAGCUGGACGCUUUCGAAGAACAGAUUACCCGAACCUACUCGACCAUCUCCUUCGAAUGCCCCAGCCAGGUCUUGACGGAAAGGCUGCUUGGUCGCGCAGAAACGUCGGGACGAGAGGAUGACGCUCCUGAUGCUAUUAGGAAAGAGUUGAGGCUUUUGAGGAAAGCCAUGCCAAGGUUGAUGGUAGUACCUCGAUCGAAGAAGGCCAAGAACUUUUCGUGCGAGAGCUGGAGAAGCUACUAG